AAUUAUUAAUAAUAUCGCGUGCUUACACAGCCGGCUUUAAACAAAAAGUCGUGGGCGAAGAGAGUGCAAAGAGAGCGAAAGAGAGAGAGAGAGAGAGCGUGUGCCGUGCAGCGAAAGUCCAUGAAAACGGCGCGUUCUUAAUAAUUAAAUUCCCAGAAUAUACAUAUAUAUCUUUCCACAUAUGUAUAAAUAAUUCUAUUCCAAGUGCUAAUCGCUGGGUUUUUUGCCCUCUGUGCCGCGCAUGAAAAGCUAAAGAAAAGAUUCGCUUGGUAAAACCGUUAUAAUAAUAAAGAGGAGCAUUCAGUGCUGUGGUGAAGUGUCCAGUCCAGCUGCACAACCAGUUCCUGUUAAGCGAGCCGCAUCAUGUCCAGAAAUAGGGCUGCCAUGGUCAGCGCCUUUCGGCUCUUCCUGCGACCGGCGGCGACCACCACCCAUAGAAGUCUCGCCCUGCGUUUGGCACCCGGCACCACCUUCGCCCUGCACUUACGGCCAUGUCAUGAGCUCCAGCAGCACAGAAGCUUCGCAUCCACGACGGAGGAUGGCGAAACGGACAAGCAUAAAAAACCGACGACGGGAGAUAACACGCGACUCACUUUGACCGAGCUGAGGACGCGGCUAAAAGCCCUCGGACUGAGUGCAUCGGGCCGAAAACAAGAGCUAGUCGAACGGCUAACAAGAUCCGCCACCUGCAGUGCCAACACAACGUUGCCAAGAACAACAGGUUCCAAUUUGUCGCCGGAGGUGUUCAUUGGGGAGCUCGUAAAUAAUUCCAACACGACUUCUGCCGCCCCCAAAAACACUGUUCAACAAAAUGAAGACAUCUAUGUGGAAUACGUGAAUGGCAUGCCACACAUGACUGUACGACUUCCCAGUCGCAAUGAACUCUGCCAGUUUGCCCUGAAACCGAUUUCCCACAACGUUGGAGAUCUGCUAGCCAUGCUCAGAGCUGAGGAUCGAGGCAUCGAUCGAGCUGCGGUGAUCAACAGGCAUGGUGUGCGAAUCGCAUCGUCCUGCACCAUCGAAAGUUUGCUGGAUGACUCAUUUAGCAUACAAAUCAACAAUCGCACAUUGGAUGUGAAUCCUCCAAAGCGUGACAAGGUCACAUUGGAAUCAAUGGACAAAGUGGGUGAUGUCCGCAAGGUUAUUGCUCAGCUCUACGAGGCAUUCAACGUCGGAGAAUACCAGCUAGAGAAGAGCAAUCAACUGGCCAAAGAACUGGAGACCCUACGCUAUGAACUAGAACCGCUGGAAGAGAAAAAACUGGAACUGAGCAAAAAGGCUGCUCGUCGUACCAACUUUAUGACUUGGAUGGGUCUGGGCCUGAUGUCGGUGCAGUUUGGCAUCUUGGCACGCCUGACUUGGUGGGAAUACUCUUGGGAUAUUAUGGAGCCCGUUACCUAUUUUGUUACCUACGGGACGACAAUGGCAAUGUAUGCCUACUAUUGUGUAACCAAGAGGGAAUACAUGAUGGAGGAUGUGAAGAACCGCGAAUUCUCGCUUACCCUUUACAGAAACGCCAAAAAGGUUCAGUUCGAUGUGGAGCACUACAACGAACUGAAGCGAAAGUCAGCGGAGCUGGAGUACAAUCUCAGAAGGAUCAACGACCCACUCAACAUGCAAUUGCCAUCGCAUUUGGUUAGGACCCAGGAAAACACGCCACCAACCUUAACUGAGGAAAAGACAGAGCGGAAAUAAACUUAAGGACUUCGCCGAAAUCAGUGAAGAGACAGGGGGAAAACGGAAACUCAACUUAACUUAGCUCCCUCAAAUUAGAAAACAAAUAAAGGUUCGCCUUUUAGCUAAAGAAGUUCAGGUGAUCGAAAUGUUGUAGUCAAAGUAAGAAAUGAUUUUGUGGACGCAUCACAUGUUGUGUGAAUUCAACUUUAUAUUUUUCUUUAUGUUAACUAAAACGUUUAGUUGUUUAUUAUACGAUUAAUUAGCAUAAGCCACAGUUUGACGAUUCACAAAACUGAACAAGAAUUAUCUAACGCCUGCUGCUUUAGAGCUAAUACCAUUAUUUUAUGUUUAAUCUUUAGUUAUUUAUUGCAAGUGAGAGAUUUGUUUUACGCCUAAGGCAACUAUUGUGUGUGCAAGUUUUAGCAAAAUAUAUGAAUUAUUUAUUGACUAUUA